UCCUGGUUGCUGCGUCAAAGCCAAGACAGAGAAGUGUAUCUUGGUUCACGGUUUUUGCUAUUUUCUGUGGCUUGUCCUUCUUAAAAUUCCUGCCAAAACUCUCGCCUCUCCAUUCAGCAGAGCAACAUCGAAUCUCUUACUAAUGUAUCAUUGUCUCGUAUAAUCUCAAUUCUGAUCGUGUCGGAAAGAAAAGAGGGUUUCAAGUUUCUCUCUUUUCUCGUUUUCUUGGGCUGAAUGAGCUCCCAAUGACUUCUUUAGAUAUUGCUACUGUCCGCCCUUCCUUUCAAGCUCAUCUUGUUCCACAGAGUAUUAAACAUGCUAAAACCUUACCUAAUCCAUGGAUACAAUCCACUUUCUCCAAGAGUUUGAAAUUUUACACGGCUCAUCUUCAUGUACGAAGAGGCAAAUUCCUUAUCACUGCAGUGGCCACUGCUGAAACCAAAUACCCUGCUCACAAAGAACACGAGCAAAGCUACUCCCUGUCUCCCUCUGAUGGUGGAGAAGAUGUGGAUGGUAGAGAAAAGUUGAGAAGGAUGAGGAUCUCCAAAGCAAAUAGAGGGAACACUCCUUGGAACAAAGGCAGGAAGCAUAGUCCUGAGACCCUACAGAAGAUUAGAGAAAGGACAAAGAUUGCUAUGCAAAACCCAAAGAUCAAGAUGAAGUUAGCAAACCUCGGACACGCCCAAAACGAGGAGACACGGUUGAAGAUUGGGGAGGGAGUGCGGAUGCGAUGGGCAAGGCGGAAGGAGAUGAGAAAAGUGCAGGAGACAUGUCAUUUCGAGUGGCAAAACGUGUUAGCAGAAGCUGCUAGAAAAGGAUAUACAGACGAACAAGAGUUUCUGUGGGAUUCUUACAAGAUUAUGGAUCAACAGAAUCAGCUGGAGUGGCUGGAAAGUGUAGAGCAGAGGAAAGCCGUUAGAGGAGUUAAAUCCAACAGAAGAGCUCCAAAAUCUCCGGAACAAAGAAGGAAAAUCGCAGAGGCAAUAGCUGCUAAAUGGGCUGAUCCUGCUUACCGUGAAAGGGUUUGCUCUGGCUUGGCAAAGUAUCACGGUAUACCUGAAGGUGGCGAGAGGCGACAUAGAAGACCAAGUGGGAAUGCAGAGCCGAGAAAGAAGAACCCUACAAGUAAAAUUACAAGAGAACCAGAGACCGAACGGCAAAUUAAAGUUAAAGUAGUGAAAGUAAGAAAGCGAAGAACACCUGUUUAUAAAGAUCCUCUGGCGAGUACUAAACUUGAAAUGAUAAAAAGCAUCAGAGCAAAAAGAGUUGCAGAAGAAUCUAAGAAGAUGGAUGCUGUGGAACGAGCAAGGCUCUUGAUCAGGGAAGCUGAGAAAGCUGCCAAGGUCCUUGAGAUUGCUGCUAUGACAAGCCCUGUUGCUCAAGCAUCUUUGCUAGAGAGUAAAAUGCUCAUAGCAGAAGCAACACAGCUGAUUGAAUCUAUAGAAAUGAAGCAGGUAGCUUCAGAUGAGGAUGGGACUUCACCUCAGCCUAGUAAUAGUCUUCUUGAUGUAGACACUGAAUCUAAGACCGAAGACACAACUGAUCAAGAACAACCAGGAGAUGUUAACGGAACAUAUACAUUCACCAUCAACGGAGAGAGUCUUCACUUGAACAUGAAGCCUAGCGAUUUGCGGACAUUCAACAUAGAAGGUCCUACAAAACAGCCAAACGGAACCAGAGUCUAUCCACCACCAGAGUCUAACGGAUCUGUCAAGCUUCCAAAUGGUUUUAACGUGUACCAGGGAAUGGAAGAAAAGGCUGAGUCUUUGGAGUCAGGAAAUGUAACCAAGAAGUGGGUUCGUGGAAGGCUAGUAGAAGUCACAGAAGCAGCCUAA